CUGUCGUUGGCCUGCUGUAUCCCUGCAUUGACAGCCACCUUGGGGAACCACACAAAUUCAAGAGAGAGUGGGCCAGCGUAAUGCGAUGUAUAGCGGUUUUCGUUGGCAUUAACCAUGCAAGUGCUAAACUAGAUUUUGCAAACAACAUCCAGCUGUCCCUGACUCUAGCAGCCUUAUCACUGGGUCUUUGGUGGACAUUUGAUCGUUCAAGAAGUGGUCUCGGACUUGGAAUUACAAUAGCCUUUGUAGCAACUCUGAUAACCCAGUUCCUUGUAUAUAAUGGUGUUUAUCAGUAUACAUCCCCUGAUUUUCUUUACAUCCGUUCUUGGCUUCCAUGUAUAUUUUUCUCAGGAGGUGUGACUGUAGGAAACAUAGGACGCCAACUGGCUAUGGGUAUUCCAGAGAAACCACACAAUGACUAAGUCUUUGAAGAAGAGAGCAUGGUGCCAGUGUGAAAGCAACAUUAUGAAGAUGUGUUCCUGUUUAAAAAUGAAGAUUAUUUAGAAAAAAUAAUCUCUUUAUGGGCUCACUGCACGAAUGACUUGUGGAAAAAAAAUAUUAAUCCACUCUUAGAAUAGCCAAGUGAAAUUAACUGCUUAUCUUGAAAUCUUACCCUGAUUUACCGCAUAAGCAUUGCAUAUGGCUGUUCUCUGGAAGAGUUUAACACCAAGUUGCAUACAACUGUUCAGGCUAAGUGGCAGUUUUCCAAGUAUUAGAUUCCAAUGUAAGUUAUUGAAGCAGCUGCCAUAUUCUAAAGCCUUGAAAUUUAAUUACAAGCUCUUGUAUCAGUGCCCAAAGGAAGUAGAUCGAUGGUGCUUAACAAUGAUGAAGUAUGGUUUAAUAGGAAUAGUAUUUAUCCAAAUCUUUAAAAAAUAGGGUUAUUUAAAAAUAAGAGUGACUGAAAUGGAUUAAAGGCAUUGCAUUAAUGCUUUUAGGAGUCUUAUGAAGGAAUCAUGCCCUCACUUGUAAUGCUGCAUUAAGUUUCUGUCUUUGAUGGUGGAGAAGGUUGGAGGGACAAAUGGUUGGAAGUCACUUAGUUUGGAAUUUCUAAAUUACUUCAUUACGAUAGGUGAACACUGCAGACAAUCUUGUUCUAAUGUGAAUUUUAUCAGGAAAUUCUGACUGGAAUCUCCAUUACUUCUGAAGCUUGCAGUCAGAUUUGCAAGAAUCAAAUUCUGGCCCAAAUUCAGUAAGAAAUUUAAGUGUGUGUGAGUACUCCCGCUUAAUGCUAGAUGUAUGCUUCAGU